CAUAAACAAUUUUCCGGGGAGCUAAUGUUGCGCCGAGAAGUAAGCUAACUGCUCCAUUUUUUACAGCGACUUUUCUCCACUUGUUUUAGCCUGUGGCUGGGAUGUGGGAGCGAUGGCAGUAAUUGUUCGUCGUGCGUCGGACUUUCCGGUAGUUUCAGAGAGUGAAGCAUCAUGUCGAGGAGGGGAAAAUCCGUCUACAGUUCAAAAACGGAAAGCUGUCCCAGUCCGCUGAGCUGAAAAAUGGGAGCAAGCGCGUCAGUGUCGCUCUGUAGCGACCCAUCUUCAGUGAGGAUCCUGAGGCCCAUCACUAAGGUCAGCCCAGAGCCCAUCACUCCCACCCUGGAUUCAGAACCUGAACUGACACCCAGAUGUGUGUUUGGUGUUGCCUUGGAAACACUAAGAGAGGAUGGACAGAUGGUCUGUGGGAUACCCCUCGUGUUGAGAAACAUGGUGGAGUUCCUGAAUAAGAAUGGAAUGCAUCAUAGAGGUCUGUUUCGUCUAUGUGGGUCAGUGGUUCGGACCAGGCAGCUGAGGCAGCGCUGGGACAGUGGAGAGAGGGUGGACCUGGAGCAUGAUGGAGAUGUCCCCACUGUGGCUUCGCUCCUCAAACUCUUCUUCCGGGAGCUGCCCGUUCCCAUAGUUCCGACUCAGCGCAAACAGCUGGUUCAGAGCCUAACAGGAUCUGCAGAUGAGACAGGGGUGAACCAGAGUCUGAGAGAAAACCUUUGCUGCCUCCCAGAUGGCAACCUCAUUAUUUUGUCUUACCUCAUCCACUUUCUGUCCAGAGUGGCUGCUCACAGCCAAUCCAACCACAUGCCCCUGGAAAAUCUGGCAACCAUCUUUGGACCUUGUAUAUUCCAUGUUCCAGCAGGACCCAGGAUGCUGGAGGAGCAGAGUGUGUGUAACGCCCUGUUGCUACAACUUCUCAGACAUCACAAGGCUCUCUUUCAAGUACCAGCCGAAGACUCAGUGGUUUCCUCGAUUGCCUCCAGCUCACCACCUCCUCCUACCCUCUCUGUUCUUUCACACUUUGAGGUCCGACCCAGCAGCUGUCACUCAGAGCUGAGCUGUGUGGGGAAGUUGGAAGGGGAGACUGUCUCAUUCUCAACGACCAGAGCUUUUAACAAAACCAUCUGGAUGCAGUCUAAUCUCAACAGACCUGACACACUGGUGCAGGGUGGUGAAACCAGCUCUGACGUCAGCACUGACAUUCAGAAGCUGAUUGCAGACCAGGAGGCUCUGGAGGAGGGCAGUGAAAGUGUGGAGGCAGGAGAUGUGCUUUCCUGCCCCACUGACCCAGGAACAGACCAAGAUCCACAGAGCAGCUCAUUUCAAAGCAUUCAGGGGGAGACACCAGCUGUGGAGUGUACCACAGAAGGGACCUUUUCACAGAUGCCACAGGUCACCUCCUUGUCAAAGGAGAAAGAGGAGGAAGAAGUAAGACAGACAGCGUACACUUUCAUCAAAGACAGCUGCUCUACGGCUUCUACAGAUGCAGCGCAGAAUUCGUCUGUUUCAGACUGCUGCGUAGCGAAUGAGUCACAGUGCAGAACCCAAACAUGCAGUCAGCACACAGAGAGCCGACUGUGCUGUGCAACGCAGAAAAACGAGACAGAGGACAAAUCCAUGUCAUCCGAGUGGAAGGGAAGAAAAGGAGCAGGAGGAGGAUGUGGUGGUUCUCCUGACAGACAUUGUGAUUGCAGAGGCAGGAACAACUGCUCUGACAGCCCCUCCCUCAAGCUACAAGCCCUGGAGACUGACAUGGGACCCUCGCCAGCACCAGGAGACCCCCAAGCUCAGGAUAACCUACCUGCUCUGCAACAGCCUUUUUCUACUGAAGCCGAGAACCUUUAUUUGACCCAAAAACAGAUACCUUACUCGCCAUCGUCACCACCUGCUCAGGAUACAGUAAACUCAUCGCAGCCUGCGCACAUCCCAUCCCCACAUUUGCCCAGUCCUGUCCUCUCUACUGCCACUUGUUCUGAGGGUCUUUCAGGAGAGAAUACCCUGCCGAGCCCACCAGGCUCUAUUUCCAGCCCGCUCCUCUCACGUUUUAUGACCAACGACUGCCCCGUUCCCUCACCACGAUGCCCCAACUUCAGCCACAGCCUGCGCUACAACCUCGACCCCGAUACAGCUCCGUCCCCACCGUGCUCACAACACAUACGCAUGGCUCGCUGCAGUGUCCAUACAGAGCUAGACGAGGGCUCUAUGUCCAUCUCAAUGCUCAACAGACACAUCCACACGCUGAGGAAGAAGAUCAGGCGGUUUGAGGAGUGUUUUGAACAAGAGAAACACUAUAAGCCAGCCCACAAUGACAAGACUUCACAUCCAGAAGUGGCCAGACUGAUGAAGGAGCUCAUCAAGAGUCGCAAGCAGCUGAAAGAGAUGAAGCUGCGACAGUCAGAAGAAUCAGGACUGAGAGUUCAUGCUGAAACAUGCAGGACCAAUGUAGACCAGAGGGAGGCGACAGGGACUGAGCUGCAGCAGCUUAACAACAACACCAACACCAAACCCAAUGUAGAGGAAACAGUCAACAUCAUAGCCAACAGGCUGAAGGAAAGACGGCGAGAGCUGGGCCUGCCUGACAGCAUUAAGGAGAUGUCCCAUUUCCAGAUGAGCAUGGAGAAAACCAUCAUGCAGAAGUGUCUGCUGUACUUUGAGAGUCUCCACGGACGACCAAGUACGAGGCAGGAGCGAACCCUGAUGAAACCUUUCUAUGAUCAGUACCGUCUCCUCAAGCAGCUGCUUUCCUCUGCAGCCACAGCAGUCAUUACAACCAUUGAGGAAGAGGAGGGCUCUGAUGAAGAGCGCCCCAAACAGCGAAGCCCCAGGCAGCAGCCACUUUGGUUAAACUCUCCCAGGUGUAUGUCUCCAGAUGAAUCGCAGUAUCUGCCUUCUCUAGAAACGUCUGAAACGCCUCUGGUGUCUCCGCUCGAAGAGGUGAAGGGUCUCCAGUCUCAGAUCAUCACCAUGGCAACACUGCAUGAAGCUUCAAGAGCAGAGUUACUGGAUCAUCUCAGGAUGGUUCGAUCGGAGAAGCGAAGGCUUCACCGAGCGCUCCGAGAGUUUGAGGACCAUUUCUACACACAGACUGGCAGGGCUUGUCAGAAAGAGGACCGUGGACCAAUGGCAGAGGAGUACUGCCAGUACAAGAACCUCAAAGCGAAGCUCCGUCUACUGGAGGCCCUGCUCAGUAAACAGGACUCAACCAAGACAAGCUGAGUUGCUCACAGUGGGACUUUUAUUUAACUUAACAGGAAUCGAUCAUUUUUUGAAGAAUUAAGUCGUGGCGCUGGAGGGUCUGGACUUGUUUCAUGCCAUGCUCAUUAUGUAGAUGCACUUUACAUGAAGAAAACUGGUGGAAAUCGGUGACAAUCUGAAUGAAAUGCUGGGUAAGGUUUUUUUUUUUUAGUCCCAACAACACUUCCUUUAUCAUUCAUGACACGUUUUUAUAAACCUGAUGUAGCAAGUGUACAUUAUGUAGUACAAAUCUAUGUCAAAGAUGAAGCGCUGUAACAACAUGAUGUUAGUUACAUCUGAGUCAUUUUAAGAUUACUUCAUGUAUUUUAUGGCACUUUGUUACUCAGUUUUUCCUUGCCAGAAUACUGUUUUUGGACAACUUUGUCCAUAGUUAAUGUGGAAACUGCAUUUUGCAAAGUACUAUCUUGGCAAAAAAUGUGUAAGCUUAAAUGCAAUCAGUGAGACAAUCCUGCAGUGUUUGUGCAUGUCAGUUUUUUUUGUCCUACAUUGUGCUAUGAUAUGCAUUAAGAAUUUCAUAGGUGAUCUAAAUUGUGACUGUCAACGUGUUCACCUCGGAAAUAUGUGGAUGUUGGUGAACGUAGGCAUCGUAGUGCAAAUUAUAUCUGCUGUUAAAUUCGUGUUAUUCCCCCUUUUUGCCUGUAUGAAGUUAAUCCCCCCUAAAUGCCGUUGUUGACAAUGAUCAGAGCUUUUGACAUUGUGCACUUCUGGUUUAUAUAGUUUUCUAUCUAUAUAUAUCUAUAUAUAUAUGAAUGUAUCAAUAAAAAUAAAUAUUUUUUCACAUUUAUUCUGCUAAACACA